AUGUAUUAAAGCAAUAUAGAAGAAUAUCAAAAAUUGCCUCCAUAGAUUCAUGAACAAAUUCAUUAAAAAUACUUUUUUUAGAGAAGCCCAUUGAGUAGUAUUGAGAAAUUUUUUUAUCGAUACAUGCAUCAAGUUUAUCAGGAAAUCUAGGAUUAAUAAAUAAUAGUUAAAGAUUUUUUGAUCUCUUCCUAUAAUCCUAAUUCUAAAGAAGAAAAAGCAGCAUAAUAAUAAAUAAAAGUUUGCUUUCAUUUAAACAAAGAUAUUUGUAUUACUUUAUUUAGUAUUAAUAGUUUAUUUAAUGGGUUCUCUUAAAGAACUUUCAUAUAUGAAUGAAAAUAAUGAAAAAAAGUCACUUUAAGUAUGUGAUGUAUAUAAUGAAUAUCUCUCUCCACUUCAUUUUGAAAUAAGUUUACCUUAAACAAUGGAAGCUAUCAAUUAAUAAAAAUUAGAAUAAAAUUUUAAUCAUUAUUAUCUUGCUGAAAAAUUAAUGAUAAAUAAUAUAGAAGUACUAAAUAAGCAUAAUGUCCUUUUCAGAGAUAUAUCAGAACAAUCCUUUUCAACAUAUGUAUGUUUCAUUUAUAAAUUAAGUUUAUGAAUUAUGAUAUUAUUAAAUUAAGUGAGUCUAAUAAUUUUGCCUUUGAAACAUUAAUGGAACCUAAUUUGAUCAGAUAUUUCUCUGUGAAAAAUAAUAAUAAAAGAUAUUUUUUUGAUAAUAAUCAAAAUACAUAAUUUGACUUGACUUUUGUUGUUGGAAUUUAAUCCGAUGAAUAAUAGACUAUAAACUAAAAUAUCUAUAAAUAUUGUUUAAUGGAUGAAGAUGAUCCUAAUUAAUUAUAGGAAUAUAAUAAUACUAAAGAUUUAUUGAAAACAAUAUAAAAAUAACUUUAAAAAUUAAAAAAUGCCAUAAGAAUUAAAAUAUUUUCAUGUGAAUUUGAUGUAAUUGUUCAUCCCAACAAUGAAAAUAAUUAUAAUUUAAAUUAGGAUAAUAAAAUGGAUAUUUUUAAUGAUUACCUAUAAUAAGCUUCAUUAUAUGAUUCCAUUAUUUAAAAAUUAAAAUAUGAGAAUGAUUAAUGGACAUUGAAUCUGGAAAAAGAUAAAUUAAUAUUUUAUAAACAUGCUAAUCAUUAUCCUGAUCAUUUUUAUUUAUGUACUCAAUAGACAGCUGUAAUAAAAUGCAAAAAUGCAAAUAUAAAAAUAUCUUAAAACCACGUUGCACAAACAGAAAUUAUAUAAUAAUCAUGA